CAAACUAAACAAAAGUGGUGCCUGACAUUAGCCAAUGGGUUGUGUUAUGUACACGCAUGUCCUUUCACUGGCUUUUGUCAGCACGAUCAGGAAUUUGUCUAUAUAAGCAAGUUCCUCAUGGUGUUAUCUCUCAGCAUACGUACAAGCAAAACACAUCAAAUCGAGAGAGAGAGAGAGAGAGAGAGAGAGAGAGAGAAGAUGUGGUUAGGGUUUAUUAAAAGAGUGAAGCCAUACGUAGCAAUGGUGUCGAUGCAAUUCGGGUAUGCGGGGAUGUACAUCAUCACCAUGGUCUCUCUCAAACACGGCAUGAACCAUUACGUCCUCGCCGUUUAUCGCCAUGCCAUCGCCACCCUCGUUAUUGCCCCCUUCGCUCUUCUCUAUGAAAGGAAAAUACGCCCAAAGAUGACGGUCGGAGUGUUCCUACGAAUAGCCUUGCUCGGCUUUAUUGAGCCAGUGUUGGAUCAGAAUCUCUACUAUGUCGGGAUGACUUACACGUCAGCAACCUUCGCUUCAGCCACUGCUAAUGUCCUUCCCGCCAUCACCUUCAUCAUGGCACUCAUUUUCAGAUUAGAGAGCGUGAACAUGAAGAAGGUACGAAGCAUAGCAAAGGUUGUCGGAACGGCGAUCACAGUCUCCGGAGCUCUUUUCAUGACACUCUAUAAAGGUCCCAUCAUCGAUUUCAUAAAUUUUGGCUCCGGCCAUGGCGGUGGCCGCGGUGGCGAAGGAGGCAACCACCGUGGAGCCGCCGUGGACAAGCACUGGAUUCCGGGAACGCUUAUGUUGUUGGGCAGAACUUUUGGUUGGUCUGCUUUCUUCAUUCUACAAUCGUUAACGCUGAAGAAGUACCCAGCGGAGCUGUCACUAACGGCGUUAAUAUGUCUGAUGGGGACAUUAGAAGGCGCGGCCGUGUCGUUGGUAAUGGAACGUGACCUGUCCGCCUGGAAAAUCGGCUUUGACACCAACCUCGUGGCCGCAGCCUAUUCCGGUGUGGUGUGUUCUGGGGUUGCGUAUUACGUGCAAGGAGUGGUAAUGAAAGAAAGAGGACCAGUCUUUGUCGCCACAUUCAAUCCUCUGUGUGUUGUCAUAACCGCAGCUCUUGGUGUCUUUGUCUUGUCUGAAAGUAUCCAUCUUGGAAGUGUCAUAGGGACAGUUUUCAUAAUCGUGGGUCUGUACACAGUGGUAUGGGGUAAAAGCAAAGACAGGAUGAUACAGGACGAUGAACCAAGCAACAGCGGCGAACUUCCGAUCACGAGUCCGGUCAAACCGGCCGUUGACGCCAUGAGAGGUCGGGUCGGAGAAUCUGAGAUGAGCCCCUCAUCCAAGAAAGCGCCGGAAAACAAAGUCUCCAACGUUGAGAUCUAAAGAUACCUUUUUAGGGUUUUCAUGUGUGUGAUAUAUAUACUAUAUUAUCUCCCUUUUCAUGGUUACUUGUUUUUUUUAAAAUGUUUUCCUGAAGAUUUUGGUGAUUAUGCAUGAGAUUGUUAGUAUCAUCAAACCCCCAAAAAAAAAAAAAAAAAAAAAAAAAAAAAAAAAGUAAAAAGGGUGCAGGAGUGUUGGACGCAGAAGACAUUGGGCUUUGUUGUUGUUUUCUCCAUGCAGAGUUUGAUGAAAUAUUAAACCGGAUAUCUUGAGAACGAAUUUGGGCCUACAUAGUUUAAUGGGCUUUAAUUAAGUUGUAACAUUUUCUAUCGUGGGCUUUGAAUUGAAGCCCAUUUAGUUAUUUGUAAGUUAUAUUUUAAAGGUCCGAGUGUAUUUUUGGUC